UUUUGUUUUUGGCGACUGUAUUAUAUGAGAUUUGUCAAAAUUUCGUGACAGUUUUCGCCUCAAAGCGUCCCAAAAUGAAACCUUUUUCCAGAAAGAAAGGAUUUCUGAUUGACAAAAUCACCGAAGAUUCAUUUUACGAGAACCUACUCCUAGGUGUUACCUCAGUGUUGAAAAAUUGCAAUUUUGUGACUCAAAUCCACCUCGAACGUUGCCCUGCAGCAACAGUUGAAGAAGUGUCAACUUGGGAGGCCACCAACGGUCUUCUUCUACCCAGCGACCUCCGAAAUUUUUUCCUUUCGACCAAUGGGUUUUCCUUUACUUACAAAUUCCAGUAUGAUAAGGGUGAAACUGACGACCUGAGUUGCUGCGUGUUAGGAGGCAUUGAAAUCAACCCUCUUUCACAAAUGGAAAGACUCGUGACCACUGAUACAAUGUAUUUGACUGAAGGUGGGAUCAAAAUCCUGGCUCCUUAUAGCAAAAUACACGUUUUGGCCAAAAUGGACGACAAUUGCGUGGUUUUGGCCCAGUUUAAUCCCUCGAAACCCGCCAGUAUUUGGUUGUACUACAAAAUGAGGAUUUUUUACCUCAUUUGUGAAGACUUUGUGACGUAUUUUCGCAUGGCGUUGGCCCAUUUAGGGGUGCCUGGGUGGCAAUUAGCCGUCUUAAAGGCCACUCUCCCGGAAUGGAGCAACGAAAUGAUACAUAUUUUGGCACCUGGAAUCCUCGAAAACAGACCUUUGGUCGAGAAAAACGAACUAAACGUUAUCGACUCUUCAAUUUUUGAAUUUGAAGAUAAUCCAGAGUGUGAUGUGGAAAGUGAAUGUGAUAAGAAAAAACCGGUAAAAAACAAACCGAAAAAGUGAAAGUUCUAUUGUAACAAAACGUAAUAUAAUGAAAGUAUGGAAUUGGGUAAUUAACCCCCCAUAAUCCGCAAAAACGUGAAGAGGUUAAUAACAACAUUGAGCAACAAUUGGACUAAUUUCCUCCCUAAACCACUCCGAUGAAGUGGGCACUUUUUCGAGUAACAAAUUCACUCGUCUUCUUCAUAGAGUAAACGGUGUCGUUUCGGAAGAUCCAUUUCUUCACUCGAAUCAUCAUCGUCGUUAUCUUUCCUACAAACUAGUGUAAAACUCAAUUCCCCUAAAACAACCACAAACCUGAAUCUCCGACCCUUGUUUUUACUGACAUCGACACCAUUCUUCUUGUGUAUCUUCAAAAUCGUUCCGAUUUCUUUAUCUUUGUUGUUCUUCUUCUUCUCGUGGGCAAACUUUUUCACGUAAAUUAUCCGUUUCUUUGGGACUUCCUCACUCUCCUCAUCUUCAUUAGUGUCAUCAUCGUCCGUUUCUUCAGUAUUGUCACAAUCCCUCCCCUUUUUGGUACAAGAUUCACUCACUUCGUCUUCUUCAGUAUCGUCAUCUUCGUCACUUUCUUGGAAUUUCCGGGUGUAGAUCUUCGAUUUUGUCACUUUGACGGGUUCUUCAUCUUCAUCUUGGUUAUUUUUUCUAGAUUUUCGUCCCUUGGUCAACACUUCUUCAUUUCUGAUUUUGAACCUUUUCGUUUCGUCGUUGUUCUUCUUCCCUCCCUUGUACUUUUUUUCAGUUACGUCGUCUUCGUCAUUGCGUCCUCUAUUCUUGUUCUUCCUAAACUUGCGAUCAUCUUCAUCUUCGAGAUCACGUCUCGUGUAUCUUUCUCUCGUCUCACGUUUAUCACGUUCGUUGUAUUCAGUCACUUUGUGCUUCCUGUCGCAGUAAGCCGUGGGGAUGAUUGUGAAGCAGAUGAACAAAAGAGUGAAACAGAUGAAGAUCCUGCAUUUUGGCGGUAAAUUUAAAUUUGCUGGGGCGGGGUGUCCACUUACCUCAUUUUGUCUCGACAAAUGCUUCAAAUUGCUUUGUUUUUCUCUUAAAUAGAAAAAAAAUGUUGAUACCUGUGUUUGCUCUGAUAAGGGCUUGGAUCCUUUAAUCCCGAUCUUUGUAACAAUGAAAAUAAAUAUCUUCAGUGUUUAUUAAGUAUUUACACAUUCCCAACAAAACCAAAUCAUUGAUGGGUCUCAAU